GGAAGAGACAAUCAGCUGACGAAGGAAUAUUGUGGAGUCUCAGUGAGAAAGAGUGGACACAGAGCCAUCAAGAGCGCAGUGAACAGAGGUUAUUGGCAACAAAGCUUCGUCUCCGCUGUACCAACAGAAGCCAAACUUACUAAACUGGAAGCUCAUCCAACAGCUCAUCUUGAACUUGGGCACACGGAGAAAGUUUUUCCUUGGGCUGAAACAAAUGAUUUGAGCUCUUGUGAAACUAUUUUAACAAAGAAGCUUCAAAAUCUCGAGUUACAGAUGAAAGGGUUGCAUCCCAGCAGUGUGGAGCGCUCGGCCCCAUUUUUACUUACACCACCAAACCCACUGCAAAACCUUGAGCUGAUGGAUCCUGAAACAGACCAGCAGGAGACGAUAUCACACCAUCAGACCUCCAAAUACCUUACUGAUAUCAAACAAGAAGGUGAGGGUGAUGAGGAUGAUGUGUUUGUGCUGGAGUUGCAGAGAGGAUCAUGUGGUUUGGGUCUGGCAUUGGUAGAUGGACAGGAAACACCAUUUAAAGUCAAUGGAAUAUACAUCAAAUCCGUAAUGCCGGAAUCUCCUGCUGCUUUGUCCCAGCGGCUGAGACCAGGGGAUCGUAUUCUAGCAGUGAAUGGACUCAGUCUGGUUGGGGUGGACUACCAAACUGGCAGGGAGCUCAUUCAGACAUCAGGAGACAGACCCCGAUUACUAGUUGCCAAAUCUGACAGAAAUACAAGAGAAGCAUAACAUUCCUCCCACAAAACAACUUUUCUACAUUUUUUACCAAAUGCUUUUAUGUAUAUGUCUUUUAUUUUAUUGUUAUACGUGUGUGUGUGUGUGUGUUUCAUUAAUUGAAUUUUGAGAUUAAAUGUAUCGAUGUUUUUUUGAAAUGAUAAAACAUUUGUUAAUGUAUGUCUUAUACAAAUGGCCUCAUUGCCUUGACCAACUAAGUAAAACCUUUUUUUUUAAAAUGCUGCAUCCUUAUUGCAUAGACC